AUGACAGAUGGCAGCAAAGAAGUUGGCAGCAAGGGACUCAGUGUGGUACAUUUUCCACAGCAGUAUACCUGGGAUACUAGUGAAGAAUUUCUAUUUAAAGCAAUGAUGGCUUUUACCAUGAGAAAAUAUUCCAGUCAAAAAACAACCCAAACCUCCAAUGUGUUGCUAUGCAAUGUAACGGAUCGGGUAUCAUUUUGGUUCGUGAUCACUAAUUCUUCCACAAAUACCACAACCAUUCCCAGGAGUGAUGUAGAAAGAGCUAUAAGAUGGAAUAGAUGGAGAAUCAACAGUGCCUUCUUACUAGAUGACAACACUCUGCAGUUCUUGGAAAUCCCAUCAACUUUAGCACCGCCAUUUGAACACCCUGUGCCAGUCUGGCUGAUUAUAUUUGGGGUUGUUCUUUGCAUCAUUGUGGCUGGAAUUGUUUUCCUUAUCGUAUCAGGAAUACAGAAACGCAAGAGAGAUACUAAGAAGCUUGAAGAAACAGAUGUUUUAGAAGAGAAAUGUGAAAGUGCCAUAACAGUGGAAAAUGGAAUCCCCUGUGACACCUUGGAUUUAAAAGCUGGCCAUGUUAAUGGCGUCUAUGCAGCAGCAGAUGAUGAACGGCUUACGCCCUUAUGA